AUGGAUAAUAAAAAGAAAGACAAGGACAAACCAGAUGAGAGAAUGCCACGGCCUAGUGGGAGGUCAGUCCAUAAUCCACGUGGAACUGGUUCUUCAAAUUCUGGAGUGUUAAUGGUUGGACCUAACUUCAGAGUUGGCAAAAAAAUUGGAUGCGGUAAUUUUGGAGAACUACGGUUAGGAAAAAAUUUAUACACAAAUGAAUAUGUGGCAAUUAAGCUGGAGCCAAUGAAGUCGAGAGCACCACAGCUACAUUUGGAAUACAGAUUCUACAAGCAGCUAGGAUCUGGAGAUGGAAUACCUCAGGUUUACUAUUUUGGUCCAUGUGGCAAAUACAAUGCUAUGGUGCUAGAACUACUUGGACCUAGUCUGGAAGAUUUAUUUGACUUGUGUGGUAGGACAUUUUCUCUUAAAACCGUUCUUAUGGUAGCCGUACAGUUGAUUUCUCGUAUGGAAUAUGUCCAUUCAAAGAACUUGAUAUAUAGAGAUGUAAAACCUGAAAACUUCUUAAUAGGACGACCUGGAAACAAAACCCAGCAAAUUAUUCAUAUUAUAGAUUUUGGUUUGGCAAAGGAGUAUAUAGAUCCAGAAACAAAGAAGCACAUACAAUAUCGAGAACACAAGAGCCUUACAGGAACAGCUAGAUACAUGAGUAUAAAUACACAUUUAGGAAAAGAGCAAAGUAGAAGAGAUGAUUUGGAAGCUUUAGGUCAUAUGUUUUUGUAUUUUCUCAGAGGAAGCCUUCCAUGGCAAGGUUUAAAGGCUGAUACAUUAAAAGAACGUUACCAGAAAAUUGGAGACACAAAACGAGCAACGCCUAUAGAAGUGUUGUGUGAAAACUUCCCAGAAAUGGCUACGUAUCUACGUUAUGUAAGACGACUAGAUUUUUUUGAAAAGCCAGACUAUGACUACUUAAGAAAGCUCUUCACAGACUUACUUGAUCGGAAAGGCUAUAUGUUUGAUUAUGAAUAUGACUGGAUUGGCAAACAGUUGCCUACUCCAGUGGGUUCAAUACAUUCAGACCCUGCACUGUCUUCAAUCAGAGAAGCAUAUCAGCACAGAGAUAAAAUGCAACAAUCCAAAAAUCAGUCGACAGACCAUAGGGCAGCUUGGGACUCACAGCAAGCCAAUCCACAUCGUUUGAGGGCUCAGCUAGCAGCUGACAGACAUGGUGGCUCGGUACAGGUAGUAAGCUCAACAAAUGGAGAACUGAACACAGAUGACCCAACUGCAGGCCGUUCAAAUGCACCCAUCACAGCUCCUGCAGAAGUGGAAGUAAUGGAUGAAACUAACUGCCAGAAAGUGUUGAACAUGUGGUGCUGCUGUUUAUUCAAGCGGAGGAAAAAGAAAACCAUUCAGCGCCACAAAUGA